AUGGCAACCGCGUCGCCCAGAUCCUCGACCCCCGGGCGAGGCCAGGAGCUUCCUCCCAUCACCGAAAACCACAGCAACAGCACCUCCAACUCCAAGGACCAGCGCAAAUCGUCUUCUCUCGGUUUCCUUCGCCGCUCCAAGUCUACUGAACCGUUAGGUGAACGGAAACUCUCUGGAAGCAGAACCAAGAGAUCCAAAACCCAAGCAAUGGAGGAGGAACGCCGCCAGAGAGAGGCCAUGCCCAAGCAACCUCCUCGUCUUCCUGACCUGUCCCCCACCCCCAGACUCGAGACCUUUGGAGGUGAUGACCGUCCCGACAGCGUCGCCAUGUUCUCUGCCAGGCCGUAUGAGAAUACUGCUGCUCCUGGAACUGCGCUGAGCUCGCCUGCUCCUUCUGUCUACCCUGACCCGUAUGCACGCACUGAAAGCAUGACCCACCGUGGACGCUUUAGCUAUGCCAGCAGUGCUGUCAGUACCUCCAAUAACCCUCGCAGACUGCGUCGUCGCAAGGAUCCUACGCCAUACAAUAUUCUCGUGAUUGGUGCACGAAACUCGGGAAAGACCUCGUUCCUUAACUUCCUCCGCAAGUCUCUGACCAUGCCACCGCACAAACAUCCCUCUCGUUUGCCGGAAGAGUUCGAGGAAAUCCAACGCCAUUCUGGCUCGAACGACGGCUUCACUUCUCACUAUCUGGAAACCGAUUUCGAUGGAGAGCGGGUAGGGCUGACCCUGUGGGACUCCCAAGGCCUGGAGAGGAACAUUGUCGACAUCCAGCUGCGUGGAGUAACCAACUUCUUGGAGGGCAAAUUCGAAGAAACCCUGAACGAGGAAAUGAAGGUGAUUCGCUCGCCAGGCGUCCGAGACACCCAUAUCCACUGCACCUUCUUGAUCCUUGAUCCCGUGCGCUUGGAUGAGAACAUUGCUGCCGCUGAACGGGCGGCCAAUGGAAAACCUAAGCGCUCUGACUCUCCUGUUGUUGGUAUCUUGGACAAGUAUCUCGACCUUCAGGUCCUGCAGACCGUACUGGGCAAGACCACCGUUGUGCCGGUCAUCAGCAAAGCAGACACAAUCACCACCGCUCAUAUGGCUUACCUGAGGAAGGCCGUCUGGAACAGCUUGAAGCAGGCCAACAUCGAUCCCCUUGAGGUUCUUACAUUGGAAGACCAGGAAUAUACUUCUUCGGAGAGUGCAGACGAAGAGGAAACGACGCCUACAGAAUCGCAGCACGAAGGUACGCAGCCCGAGGCGACCCCCGAGGCGACCCCCGAGGCGACCCCCGAGGCAGAAAACCCUGACCAGGACAAGGAAGCAUCUGCGAUGUCGAAGUCGGAGCCAGUGCCAUCGGACGAAAAGGCUGAAUCCCAGAACCCACCAUCCGAACGAAGUCGCAAGUCCUCUGGGUCCGAAGCGGUUGCUAAGAGCCUCCCGUUCUCGAUUCUCUCGCCUGACCCGUACUCGUUGGAGGCCGGCGACGAGCCUGUUGGCCGCAGGUUCGCCUGGGGAUUCGCUGACCCGUACAACCCCGAGCACUGCGAUUUCGUUAAGCUGAAGAAUCACGUCUUCAACGACUGGCGAUCGGAACUCCGGGAGGCUAGCCGUUUGAUCUGGUACGAGAACUGGAGAACCAGCCGGCUGAACCGCAAUGGUAUCCAUGCCGCCCCUCCUCAGAGGAAGGCGUAUGGCGGACGAAUGGGCCCAUUUGACGGGCGUCGGACUCGGUAA